UACACAUCCCAUGUUAGAUGCUUUAGCCGCUUAAUUGCCUUUGUUCCAAAGCUACCAUAUUUCCCUAACUUUUGAACCCACAUGUCAUAUGCUUUCAUCAUGAUCAUAACUUGUGCACUAUUAAAUUUAUUAUUUCCUAUUGUUUUAAAUACAAGCCAACUUCAACCUUAAGCUCCAUAACACAAAAACAUCACUUCAUCAUAUUUGUGUUUCUAAAUUCUAAGUGUGAGUUAUUGUAACUUUCAUAACUUCAAAAACAAUGUCAGCUGUUGUAGGAACUAUUUGUUCCUCCCAAAAUCCUGGGAUUAUUCUUUCUUCUAACAUUAACAAAGAAGUUGAGCAUAAAGCUGAUGAUAACAUAGAGAGCAUAAGCUGCGAGUUGAAGGCCGAAAAUGCCGAUAUUAUUUGCAAAGAUUUGAUCAAAGAAAUGAGCAAAAGAACUACUGGUCAUAGUGAAGAUAAUUGUGUCGUAAAGCAAGAUGAUGAUGCUUGUUUGAAGUAUGAAGAUAGUGCAAAAGACAAAGCGCUUGACAAAGAUGAUAAGGGUGAUGAAAGCUCAAGCAAUCAGAAGCAACAGCUUCUAGAAAGCAAUGACCUUUUAGAUAUUGGAGAUAAGAACAGCACCCCAGAAGUGCAGAUUUUGAGCUUAUCAGUUCUUUCUCCUGGCCGUACUGAUGUAGUGUUGACUAUUCCAUUUCUUCCUACAACUUCUAAGGCCACUCUUUUUACCCUCAAAGAAGGAAGUAAAUACCGCAUCAAAUUUCUUUUUACUGUGACCAAAAAGGCUGUUAAAAACCUUACGUACACCUACAUGGUUUGGAAGUCUGGAAUCAGAGUGCACCAAACAAAGAAGUUGAUAGGCACAUUUAGCCCGCGACAAGAGCAAUAUACAUUUGAGUUAGAAGAAGGAACUACUCCUUCUGGAUUCUUUGCAAGGGGUCCUUUUCUUGUUCGAUCUAAGUUUGUGGAUGAUGAUGGCAACUGUUAUUUGGAUACCACUUACUAUUUUGACAUCAGAAAGGAUUGGGGAGCCAGAGAGAAGUGUUAAGGCUAAUGUUCUUUGUAAUCUUUGUACUUGUGUAUUGCUUUUAAUCUAUCAAGGAAAAAAUAAUUGCAAAUCCUUGCUUUAA